AUGUCCAAUAUGCUAUACCUCCUAGGAGGAGCCUCGAUCCUUUCUGUCUUUAUUGUUACCAUUAUAAAUGCCCUUGCUUACGGGGCUGCCCAAUCCUUCUCCUCAUCCAGACGAACCACGGAGCUGGUCCCUAUCAGUCUAAGCGUCGUGAGCUGCGUGGCAUUGAUCAUGCUCAGUUUUCUCGUGCAUAAAGAUAUUCGACACAACCAUCAAUGGCCUCGCUGGAAGGUUGGCGUGUUUUUACUCACUGUUGCAUACUUCUUGAUUGCGGCCGGAUCUACCGCCGGAACCAUGGCCACGAAUCAUAGCCAACUCUCGCUUUUCAUUGUUCAAUCAGUCUUCUGGGGGAUCUCGGUCUUUGCUCAAGGCUCAUACUGUGGAUAUCUUCUGGUGAUCUGCUUUCAUCAAAAAUCCGAUUCAUGGCCUCGCUCCUAUCAUCUCUCACAGGAGUUGAAGGCCCUCCCUGAUACCCCAACCUCGGUUACACCUCCCGUCCAGGCCCUCUGUGACCCAUAUCCCGAGAUGAAACAAUUUGAUACCCGAAGAAGUUCUCUUCGAAAGUUUCCCCGGCGUUCCAACCGAGACUCGGGACUUUGUUUGGAAUCAGUCAAGCAUGGUUCCUUCGAUACCACCUCUACCACGUCCACACUAUCCCCAACCGAACAGUCAUUCCAUACUCACCGCACUUUACGCAAUGGAAGCAUCCGCAGUAUGCCGAGUCUUCGCCAAGAUCCCCGACAGCUCUCGCUGGACACGCUAGUCCAACCAUCCCCAACAGCCUCCACCUUUCAUAUAGACUCACCAACAGGAUCUAUGGAAACACUCACUAUCCAAGAACACAACAUUCACCCUCUUUUUCGAUCCACUAGUCCUUGUCCCUCCCCCACGCCAACCCCGGGGACCCGGGUCAAGGCAUCCCCAUCUGCUGGCCAGACGAUCACCCACCAGACCCUGACUCGUAUGAGAUCCGCCCGAUCACUCCGGGAGCGACAAAUUCCAUCACCAUUUUUAAGUGCUGAAGAAUUGGCGCAUGCGCGUAAGGACCCCGAGUCCGGGUUGUCCUUUAUUGAUGCCGGACAUGUCCGGCGCAGUAUUACGCAAUAUGAGAAGAAAUAUGACCUGAACGAAUCCCCCGACGAGAACUGA